AUGCAAACCAAUAACACUUCCAACAUCACCCAAUCCACCAGCUCAACCAUUAGUACUACACAUGCCAGCGGCUCCAUAAGCACCAUCCAAUCCACCAGCAUGGACAGUAUCAGCACCACCCCUCUUGUUACCCAAAACAACAGUCUCACCAACCCCAGGACCACCCAGCCUAACAUAACCUUAAACAAAACUCACACCAAAAGUCCCGCUGGCAUCACCACCGAUGCUCACUCUGCAGCUCCUAGACAGUUAACCAACCAGGUGCAAAGCAGUACCAUCGCUGAUCCAUCUUCAUCAACUACUGACACAAUUACUGCAUCCCCGGCCUCUUCAUCACAUCUUGAACCAGCAUCUUUGACCCCAAAUGUGACAGCCACCAUCAGAUCUACCACAGUCAGCAACAAAAACAGCAACUCUUCAGGUAAGAAAAGCACCACCUUCAGUCAUUAUUUCACUGGUUACCUUGUCCUGCGGUGAAAGUAAGGACGUGUUUUGCUGCCACUCAGGUAUAUAAAUACACAAAUCAGUUUCAAGUUAUAACAUGGAGCAUAACAUUGGCUUUAUUGAUAUUGAUGAGUAAUUGCUCUCUAUCAUCAUGAAUCAUAGGUCUGCUGUUGUGCUGUACAACAGCUCUGGUGAGAAGUGAUCCUGAAAACGCAACUUCAUCUUUGGCUCCUUUGACAACACCCUCAACAAUCCCUGAGCCAACAGCUGAGACACCGACAACUACUGCUGCAGGACCCACUUCAUCAGCUUUAGCUACCUCCAUUCCAACACCGACCACAGACUCUAACACCAACACCAAGGCCAAUACAACCGCCAUUAUGCAAACCAGUUACAGUCCCAGCAUCACCCAAUCCACCAGCUUAACCCUUGGUACUACACAUGCCAGCGGCUCCAUUAGCACCAUCCAAUCCACCAGCAUGGACAGUAUCGGCACCACCCCUAUUGUUACCCAAAACAACAGUGUCACCAACCCCAGGACCACCCAGCCUAGCAUAACCUUAAGCAAAACUCAGACCAAAAGUCCUGCUGGCAUCACCACCGCUGAUGCUCACUCUGCAGCUCCUAGACAGUCAACCAACCAAGUGCAAAGCAGUACCAUUGCUGAUCCAUCUUCAUCAACUAUUGACGCAAUUACUGCAUCCCCUGCAUCUACACCACUUAUUGAACCAGAAUCUUUGACCCCAAAUGUGACAGCCACCAUCAGACUUACCACAGUCAGCAACAAAAACAGCAACUCUUCAGGUAAGAAAAGCACCACCUUCAGUCAUUAUUUCACUGAUUACCUUGUCCAGCGUUGGAAGCAUGAAAAUGUUUUGCUGCCAAUCAUAAACAUAAACAUAUUAAUCAGUUUCACGUUAUAACAUGGAGCAUUUACUGUGAGUACGACAUACUUUUACAUUAUAAAUUUAAACUUAUAACAUUAAACUUAUAUUGAGUUCUGAUUUUAAUCUGAUAAACCAAUGAAUCACAAGUCAAAUUUAAUAAAAUUUACCCAGAUGUCAAUAAAUAUUGUUUAACAAUAUGUCUUCAAAGACUUAAACUCAGAUUAUUAGGUGUGCUAUCACUGUAAGACCACUUGUGAAAAGGUGGAGCCACUCUUUGUAUGUGUGUGCUGCUCUCUGCUGGUGUAGUAUUUUAACCACAACUUAGAUGUCACUAAUUAAUAAUAAACUUAUUGCAUGAAAUUACAACUGACUCUGUAGAUCUCAACUUUUUAAUAUGGAAGGUAAAGAAUCUGAUUAAAAAUAAAUCAUGCAGACUCUUCACAACAGUAUAGCUCAUCAAAGUUAUCGAUUAUACCAGAUUGAAUCGUGCCUAAAAAUAAGAUCUCUAAUGAUUCAAAGUGUGACAGGUUGUUAUCUAGAUGAUAUGAGCAGAGCAGUGUGUCACCUCUAUCUAACUUCCUUCUUUCAUUGCAAAGGCUUACACAAUCUGCCCUCCAAGGUUUUGAAUGAAGUCAUUACGUAGCCUCGCCUCCAGGCUCUCACGAUUAGUCACAUACAGACGUCUGCAGCCACACACACACACUACACCGUCCUCAGGGAGCACAGAGCACAGAGCUACACUCCAACACGUGUUUGGUUAGAUUUACAGCAAAGAAACACAAUCAUGAGGGUCAGCCUACGGACUCUGGUGACAUGUAAGUAAACUCUGAUAACACUUUGCUUAAUUUUGUGACAAUCCUAUCUGUUUGUUUUCAUGUAAGACAGUAUUCAGAUGGUUAUUCAUUGAUGAAAAUGCUAAGUUGGAAAUUUAAAGUUGAACAAAUGUCUGAAGGUAAAUAUCGUAAAAAUAAAAAAGCCUUCAAUCACCUCAUUAACAUUUCUAUUCUCAUUAAAUUGCACAUUUGAUGUUGCCCAAAACCCUUAUUAUUGUAAAGCUUGUGAAUCAAAAUGUUACUCUGUCUUAAGCAAAAACAGAUUUCAAGGACAGACUGUCUCUAAAACCCUUUUGCCAAAAUGUUACCCAUUAAGUUAGAAAUUUAAUGAAAUAUUUCAAGUCACAGAUUAUAGAAUAGAUAAAUACCAGAAACAGGAAAUCUUUUUUUAAGUUUGACGUGCUGUUAGGCAAUCAGUGAGCGGUGGUGACGGCCCACUCUGUGUUGAGACCAAAGUUUAUAUAUGGUGCUACAGUGUCACACUGAAUUCCGGUGUUAUUUUGCCUUGUUCAAGUUUCCUUUUUUAAUCAAUCUGCAUGUUUUUAUUUUUCCAUGUUUUUCUAAAAAUGUGGUGUCUAAGAUACAAAGUGAGCACAAGUACAAUCAUUACAUCAGUCUGAAAUGUAUAGAAGCAUUUUUAAGCCUGGUUUAGGUUUCUGUGUCAGACCUAUGCAGGAGCAUAAGCCUGAGGUCUUCCAAACACAGGCCUGUGUAGGUACAACAUUCAGCAAAAAUCUGAUGAAAAGAUGAGGACAGGACGGUGAGUGAUAUUCUUGUGUCACUGCCACCUCACAUCCUCUUUCUCAGUGGCUCUAUAGUCAGUCAUCUCCAACCCCACUGAUCUUUUCUUCUAUGCAAUAAGUGCAGCAUGAUCAACUGCUGCUUAACAACAUUGAUCAACUCCAACUUAGACUGGCUAGACAAGCUCUCUAGACAAGCUUAGAUUAUGUUGCCAUGAUUUACUGUAAACCAAACAAGAACCUAACAUAACGGGAAUAUGCCGACCAUCAUAUAGGUGGAAUAUUGCAGAGUGUUGUGGGCAUUCGUGGAGUGUUCACAAAGGCAUCGUUCACUAUGGCGCAGCUACAGUGUAGCAGAGGCACAAACCAGGCUUGAUGUUUAACAGUAUUUCACCCAGAAGGAUGGCGCUUAAGUAAAGAGUCAUAGCCACAUGAUUAGGCUGAUCAGCUGAGCAGUGUCACCCUUUAAUGUUGUCUCCCUCAGUAAGUCACAAGCAUGCAUCUGAAGAGAACAGUGAUAUCAACUGUUACACAAACAGAUGUGGUCGAGAUCUGUUUGGUUAGAAAGACCUCUCAGUUUUUCCAACUAGUGACCACUUUUUUAAGGAAUAUUUUCAAUUUGAGGGACAACAAAGAAAAAAAAAGGUGUCAUUGUAAAUAUGAAGCUUUUGUAGGUGGUACUUGAAGCAGUUUAAACUUGAAUUUAUAGCACAGAGUAUAAAGAGGAUGGGAAAACCCUAAGUGUGCUAUGGUUAAUCUGUGACUUCCUGUUAAUUGAAACUCUGACAGUGAAACUCUGCUUUGAAACAGGAGGAAGUGGUUUAUUUGUUGGUGAACUAUAUCUGUAGAAAACUGAUGUGUUUUAUAAAAAGAUCCAGAGGGUAUACAACAGCCAGCUUGGACUGCUUUUUCAGUGCCAACUAAGGAAUGAAUCUUUUGUUUGGUGAUUGGUGUCACAAAAACGGAGGAAUCGCGUGUGAAUGUAGUGUAUUAGCAAAAACUGUGUAAAUGGUUUUUAGUUCACCAGAAAUGUAUUAUUUUGAAAUUUUACAUUGAUAAACUCCUCUUAUUUCCUAAAAGCACCCCUAAACCCCAAACUGCACCAAUGCUGGUAUUUGAUAUUUGAUGGUAUCAAACAACAGUUCGGUGGUAAUAAGCAUGUUAGCUUGCUCUAAAUGUUAUAUUGUUAAAAAAAUAUCAGUUCUGCAAAAGCAACUAAUCUAGACCUAAAGUACAGUGAAGUCAAUUGCUUUACAUUCUUUGUUUUGGUGGAUUCAAGGCAACCAACAAAACCCACGUAGCUUGAAAGCCAUGUUUAGACAGCUAUCACUUGGCUCUUGAGGAUCAACCUUUCUCAUGAAGUUGGGAAUUAUAGAUUAGUUGGCUAAUUAUUGCUGUCUUUUAGCUAGAUGUUGAGUACAUUCCAAAAGAUGUGAGAGAACAAAGACAGAUUAUAAACUAACUCAAUGCAUUCACGUGACUGCACAUGAACACUAUGAAGAGCUCAGAAAGAACUGACAGGGAGAAUACAGGUUCAGUCAAGUUGCAGCAGGUUUUUUUUUAUUUUUUUCAUUUUAGUGAUAUUGAUAAUUGCUGGUAAUUGCUCUCUCUCAUUAUGAAUCUUAGGUCUGCUGUUGUGCUGUACAACACCUCAGGUGAGAAGUGAUCCUAAAAACGUAACUUCUCCUUUGGCCCCUUCAACAACACCCUCAACAAGCCCUGAGCCAACAACCAUUCCAACACAGAACACAGACUCUAACACCAACACCAGUGCCAGUACAACCCCCAUUACCAACCAAACCACUGCUACUACUCCUGGCACCAACCAAUCCACUGCUACCACUCCUGGCACCAACCAAUCCAUUGCUACCACUCCAGAUGCUACACAAACCAGUGGUCCCACUGGCACCAUCCAAUCCACUGCUACCACUCCUGGCACCACACAAACCAGUGGUCCCACAGGCACCAGCCAAUCCACUGCUACCACUCCUGGCACCACACAAACCAGUGGUCCCACUGGCACCACCCAAUCGACUGCUACCACUCCUAACACCACACAAACCAGUAGUCCCACUGGCACCACCCAAUCCACUGCUACCACUCCCGGGACCACCCACCCCAGCAUAACCUCAAGCAAUACUCAGACCAACAGUCCUGCUGGCACCACCAUCCAAAAGACCACCACUACCAGUUCCAUCACCACCACCACUUCUACUAGGACCACCCAAACCACCACACUGGAGCAGGAGAAACACACGUCUGAGGGUCUGAGCUCAGGUAUGUGCAAAAAGCUGUUGAUAAGUAAAUAAUGAAUAAAAUGUUAUGAGAGUUCAGCUUAGGAAUGUAGUGAUUUUUGGAAAGGUUUCAGACCCAACUAUAGAUGUAUUAUCCUUAUGGCUUUAAGAAUCUCCAUGGAAACCAAAAUGUGUAAACAAGCUGUAAACAAGCUGACUGCAGCGGGGUGGCGCAGCUUAAGGAAGAACAUUUAUGAUCAAUUCUUCAUGGAAAUGCAAUCAGAGCGAGACGCUAAGGCAGAAGAACUACAGCGUCUGCAGGGGGAAAUGAUUAAUAUGAUGAUUAUUAUUUCAAGGAAAUGAUAAAGUAAUGAUCAUAAAUGUUCUUCCUUGAGCUGCGUCACCCCGCUGCAGUCGGUGAUGGACUCGUUUGAGGUCUCCGUACAAACAAGCUGCUGCUGGAAGAGAGUAGGUGAGUUGUGUUUAGUCUCUUUGCUAGAGAAAUCGGGCAAAGUUAAAAAAGAUGUUUGGUGGCUAGUGCUGUGGCUGGGACCCUAUAUGUUCUGUUGAUGAAGUUCAGUGCUGUUCUGAGCAUUAUUUGUGGCUAUAGAGUCAGGUUUUGGUGAAGCGCGUGGCUCCUCAAGACCACUGUGUAUUGCUAUCCUGCGGUCGUUACAAAAGUUGGUAUAACUAGAGAAGCAAGCGGUCGGCAACAUUCAUCUCUCGAUGGGGUGUCUAACUCGGUGUUAUGGUGUGUUUGACCCUAACUUAAUUUUAUGCCAGAAUAUCCCUUUAAAAACCCUCAAGGUACCCACCAUCACAGUGGUUAUUUCUCUUGCCUUGAGAACUACAAGAUAAACCAUGCAUCAAUUAUGUCAAUAAUAGAUUUGCCUUCACCUUGACAGAUUCAUGUACCAGGUGGCAUUGCUCUGCCCACUGUUUAUUAUUUUGCCAGAUACUGCAGCAGCUAUCUCUCCAGAUUCAACCCAUCUCUCUGCAAAGAUUAGCAAAGCCAAGUAAGGUGGGGAAGGUUUCUUCCCAAUUACAGACUUGCUUUUAACAAUGAACAUAAUAGUCCAGUGUGCCUCCUGAUGCCUCCCCUCCUCCUCUCCUUUCUUUGACAGUUACUUAUUAACAAUGUUAUCACGGCCUUUAGAAUAAAAAAAAAAUAUCCAACAAAAACCCAAUCUUCAAAAAACACUAAAAAUUUGGCAAUAACUAAAUUAAAGAGGUCAUUCGAUGUAGGUCAAGUUCAUUCCUCACUGUUAUUCAUCCAUCCCUUUGAACUUUCUUGGCUGUGUGCUGGUUUGAGGUUAAUAUGUGAACAGAACAAUUUCUCCUCAGACGUCCUUGUUUACUUUACAGUUUAGUCUUUACAGUCUGAAGGAGUAAAAUCAUAGAGCAGCUGUCUGAGGAGAAGAGGCUGUCUGUUAGCUUUGUCCCCGCCUGUUUAGUCAUUCACAAAACUGUUAAGUCACCAAUCCACUCCCUCUUUUUUUGUUGUUGUUGUUUUAACUGUUUUAUUUUUAAUUAUCUAAUCCCCGACAGAUCAGACUUCUGAGUCCGGACCCUACUUCUCUUUUCAUAAGUAACCAUAAGAUCUGAUAAAUGUCUGACUCACAGCUUCUGGCAUCUCUAGGGCUAUAAUUUUUUAACUACUUUUAGGUUAGCUUCCAUUUAAACUGCUGAAAAGUGACCAAAAAGUCCCAGAAAGUGUCCAAAACUGAGAUCUUAUCACAUCAAAAGUAAGUAGAGGAUUUGAUCAAUGUUUAAGCAUGAACCCAAACCGAAGUCUGGAUACAACCCUCCUAAAGAGACGCCUUCAGGAAGUGUUUGGCCCAGUUUCUUACACACAGAUUACUAAUUAGUACUCAAAACUCAAAGGUCAGUUUAGCCCAGCAUUUAUCUUAUCUGGACAAACUGUCCAUCAAGUCAUGUCUGACACAGAAACUGAGAUAUAGGAGGAAAUGUAUAGUUUCAUUUCACAUUUUAUCUAAUUUACACACUGAGCAGGAGGUCCAGUUUAAGUUUUCCAGGUAGGGUUGGCUGAACCGAGAGUUGCAAGAAAAAAAAAAGAGAGAAUUUUUUUUAUAUUGUCGGAGAAAAAUAGACCUAAACUCAUCAAUUUUAAAAAAGACAACUGUAAAUGUUCAAUAAAAUGUACAUAAAUAAUAUGACACCACUUUAUAUGGUUGAAUUUCUAAAAGCCUAUUGUUUGUAUUAAUUUUCGUUAAAAGCAGGACCCAGAUGACAGAAAAUCUUUGCUUCUAACACCAAGGAAGUCGAGUUAAAUAAAAAAAGUAGUUUACGUGGAAACAAACGUGAAUUUAAGGUAAUCUAGGUCAAAGAUGAUAAUGUUAUGCUUGUUAGAUAAAUAGCAGAUAAAAGCCUAAUGGUGCAUUUAAUUUGUCACUCUUAUUCCAAACAUUUAAACUUUUGGUGGAAGUAGUUUGGACUCAAGUUAGAACUUUCUUCACAGAUGAAAACACUGAAUUUCAAUGUAAUAGAUUUAUAAAACUUGUGACAAAUUCAAACGAAAAUGUUAAAAAUGUUGGAACAUACAUAUUUUACAUUGAAUGUAUUUUUACAAUAACUACCUCCUCUUUCUCUCUUAUUCCUUCCAGCAAGCAUUGCAUUGAUUAUCUGCUUUUUCAUCGCACUCGUCCUCCUGGUGCUGGGAGGACUUUAUCACUACAAGAUCCGGUGAGUCCAAAGUUUAUACUAAUGUCAUCCAAAAUAUGUUGGGGCAAAUUUACAAGAAAUGGAUCCAUCUGUUAAUGUCACCAUACAACCCUCAACUUUCUCUCUGUGAUGAGAAAAAAAACCACAUCAUUUUGUUUAAUGCUGCCAACAGACUGUUUUUAACAAUGAGGUUUUAUUUCUUCUAGUCAGAUAAACCAGAUGCUAAACAAUGAGAUAUGAAAUCUUAACAGUCUCUUUGAAUGCAUCAGUCAUUGCUUUUUGUUACUUAUGGUGGCUACAAUUGCUGAUAUUUUUAUCAGUGUUUGCCUGCAUGCAUGAGUUUACCUAUUUUGUAAUACAUAUGAACAUUGUUAGUGUUGACCUUAACCCCUAACUUCUUUACAAAUCAAAACAGUAUUGUCCCAUUUCUGUUAGUAAAUGGGUCAUGAACAGUGUUUCCCCUACAUUCAUUCUACAGUGACGCACCGCCGCUGCUGAAUUACAUGCUGUGACUGAAAUUUCACAUGAUCAUCAAUAUCAGUGCGUCACUAAUGAUUUCUACAUGCACUGUGUGAGCACAACAACACACAAUGUUAUUUUCAACUAGUUUUGAGUCAUCAACGAGCGCAUCAAAUCCAUCAAUGUGAAAGGUUAAUGUUCAAGCUUAUACACGGUCUAUAACGAGUAGCAUUAACAGCAUUAAUAUCAGAGUCACUUGUGAUUUCUACAUGCACUGUGUGAGCACAACAACACACAAUGUUAUCAACGAGCGCAUCAAAUCUUGUCGGACCCUCUUCCAUUAAUGUGAAGGGUAACAUUCAAGCUUAUACACUGUCUAUAUAGCGAGUAGCACAGGUAACGUAACAUAAGGCAACGUAAAAGUAACAGCGUAGCUCCUUGAGUGGCAAGAGCGAAAAUCCCCACCCCACAAAAAAAAUUCUAGGGGAAACACUGAUCAAGAUUUCCUGACAUGCUUCUUUUUUUCUUUGCUGUUCAACCUCAGAUUUAUUUAUUUUUCUCUUUCUCUCUCUAUUUUAGACGUAGAUCUUAUGGACCUCUCCUGGACAACAACCAAACAGCUUUAGGAAACUUCAGUAACCCCAUGUAUGACCCUUAA